GCAUUCGCGCGUGGAACAGCGUGCUAACCGCACGUGUGGUGCCGAACAGGUACAACUGUCGUGUUAAGUUAGUUUACUUUUGUGCCUUAUCGUGCUCAAUUACACCUUUUAUUUGUCACGAGCCGAACGAGAUGUACUUAUCUUGAUACAUUAGGACAGAGAGUGAUAAACGUACGUCCUUAUCGAAGCAGUUCCUGAGAUUGUGCAUGCUCUUGACAUUGUAGUGCAGACUUGCGUGAAAAUUGUCGUCAAAUAGUGAGUUGAAAAAAAUUUUGUAAUCGAAGUUUUUUAACAAUAUACAAAAUUUUAAAAAACACACUGAUACUAUAAAAUAAUUUACAUUUCGAUAUCGACUUUAGUAAAUUAACUUAGAUGUGGGUAUAGAAUGCUUAUAGUGUGUGAAUUGUGAUCUCAGACGAGUGAAGUGAAUAAAAAUAUGUCACAAGAGUGAAGUGAAGUCUGUUCGAGUGAAAAUCGCAGAGAAAAACUGGAGGUCGACACGUAUGAAGUGUCAGUUGCCGUCCAGCUGACAACAGAUGUCGCUCCGAUUGAAGUCGCGAUGUCGGCCGAUGGGUCGACUACAGACAUCAAUGUGCUGCUCAAUGAUACUGAAUCAGAUCUCACCAGUCUUUCACAUGUCGAUGCACCGAAUGAUGCGAAUUACAUGAUAUGCGGCGUCGUUAUUGCCAUGGCCCUCGUUGGGCUCAUCAUAGUGCUGCUGGCUCUCACAAUAAACAAGCUGCGCAAGCGAGAAGAACAUUCAGCAUCGGUGCAUCCUGCUGAAGUCUUGCAGGCCCCAGCUGCACCACCCUCGGAGCCCCUAGCCUUUCGCCAGCAGCCGUUGUGGCAAUUCCCGCCGCCGCUGCCACCGCCUUAUGUCUAUCCCCACGAUCAGGACAAUCUAAUGCAGCCAAUCGGCAAUGAGCGUGCCAGUUUCCGCAGUCUUCGCAAGAACAUCGGAGGUCGCUGGAAACGGCUUGUGAAGAAGAAGCCUGAACAGGAGGUUUACACGAUUCCACCUGAGCUCAAGCCCCAGCUCAAAGAGAUAUACGUGUAUUAACCUAAUAUCAACAUUGUUUUGUUAGGAAACAGCACUGAAGCAGGACACUUCAAUUGCGAUGAUUUAUUAGAAAUUAUUUCAACCAUGUCCAAGGUUGAACUGUAUCAAUCCAUAUCAUUACUUGAAUAUCAAAUCUUUAAACUUAGAACAUCUGCACGGCUCAACAGCCUCUCUAAUUUUGAACAUAUCGUUUCGACCAAUUUAAUUCUAAUGACCAAUGUACUAACUUGAAUUUUCCUUCAUUCAGCACUAUUGUUUAUUGUGAUUAAAAUGCCUAGAAUUGUAUUAUUAAGUAUUAGAACACUGAUGUUUGUGAGUGUUGUUCCGUUGCAGAAUUUCGAAUGUUGUGUAAGCAUGAGUGAUAGUCAAUGAAUUUAGUAUAAUUAAUUUAAAAGUUAUGAAUGAUCUUAGGAAAAUGCGGUCGCGCAUAAUAGUGACGAAAAUCCAAUAAUUAUGAUUAUAUAAAGUUAUGAUGAUGCCUUGAUAUAAUGUAGUUUUUGACAAAUUAGGGCAUUUUAUAGUUCAUUAACUUAUUCUAGACAUGGUUGAUUUGAAAUCGAUCUUCGAUCAAAUAAUUUUGUGAAGCUAUAAUAUACACGAGUAUGUGCUGUGUGUCUAUGAUAGAGAUAUAUUACACGCCUUAUUGUUUGAUGCAGUAUUUUUAUAUCAUUCAUUUUGUGUUGUGAGUGAGACUGAAUUAUGGUACAAUUUAAAAUGUAACGUGACCACACAUUGCAACUUUCUAAUCAAUGUAUAUUUUCCGAUAUUAUUGACUGUAUACACACAACUACGAUGUCAAAUGAGAAUUAUAUGAAAUGACCUAGUUGUUGAAUGUUACGUUACUUGCAUGAUAUGGUAGUUUAAUUUACUGAUUUUCGCCCGGUCCUUACUGUGAUAGUUAUAUUAGAAUGCUACAGAUAUAAUUAUGAGUGAUGAUGAAUUGUUUUAAAUAGCCUUUAAAACCUUGUCAAUUAUAGUUAAUAUCAUAGUGUGAAGGACCGUGGGACGAGAAUAUUAAUAGCUCAUAUUGAGCCCGAUAUUUUGGUGAAUUAAGUUGAUAGCUAAUAGGUACAAUUCAGCCAUGAUUAUUUUCGUUAAAUUCUAACUGUUCAGUAGAAAAAAUAUCAUGUAAUAACUGUAAGUUUAGUACGAGAAAUUACUUUUUAGAAAAUUGUAAUCUUUCGUUGAAUUAAUAUGAAAAAUAAAAUCCAUCAUGAUAUAAUAU